AUGGCGGCUUCUUUUUACCGCAUGGCUCCCAAUGAAAGCCUUCAGAUCGCGGGGAUCAUCCAUUUGCUGAAGUACUUUGGAUGGACGUGGCUUCACCGGUUUCUCCAAGGCCUUUCAUUCAAUAAUUCACUGGGAGAAACUGUGUCCAUCAACCAUCAUGGAGAAGUUCAUUCUGGAUUUGAUAUUAUAAAUGUGAUCAUGUUUCCAAAUAAUUCCUAUCACAAAGUGAAAAUUGGAAAGCUGGAUCCCACAGCAAAUGAAGGAAACAGAUUUGUAAUUCAUGAAGAUUUAAUUGUGUGGCACCAAUAUUUUAAACAGGUCUUGCCACGUUCCGUCUGCAAUGACCCCUGUCCUGCUGGCUAUCAGAAGAAAAAGAAAGAAGGGGAGAAAUUUUGCUGCUAUGAUUGUGAUGCAUGUUCUGAGGGGAAGAUGUCAAACAUGUCAGACAUGAUUGCUUGUUCAGAAUGUCCAGACGAUCAGCAUCCAAGCAAGGACAAAGUUCGAUGCAUCCUCAAAAUCAUAAUUUUCCUAACCUUUGAAGAACCUUUGGGGAUCAGUUUAGUUGUCGUUGCUGUUUUAUUUUCAGUCAUGACCAUGUUCAUACUUGGAAUAUUUAUUAAGAAUAAAGACACCCCUAUUGUUAAAGCAAACAACAAGGAACUCACCUACAGUCUCCUCAUCUCUCUUCUGCUUUGCUUCCUCUGCUCUUUUCUCUUCAUUGGAAAACCUUUCAAACUGAUUUGCUUCCUUCGACAAUCCAUGUUUGGCAUCAUCUUCUCUGUGGCUGUUUCUUCUGUGUUGGCCAAAACCAUCAUGGUCAUUGCAGCAUUCAUGGCUACCAAACCAGGGUCCAGCCUGAGAAAAUGGUUGGGGAAAAGACUGUCUUUCUUAAUUGUUUUUUCUGGGUCUUUCAUUCAAACAGGCUUUUGUCUGGCAUGGAUGAUCACUUCUCCCCCCUUUCCAGAACUUAACAUGCAAUCCAUGACUGAAGAGAUCAUAGCAGAAUGUAAUGAAGGGUCUGUUGUGAUGUUUUAUCUUGUCUUGGGUUAUAUGGGGUUCCUGUCUCUGGUCAGCUUCAUGGUGGCUUUCCUGGCUAGAAACCUGCCAGAUACAUUCAAUGAAGCCAAGUUCAUCACUUUUAGCAUGCUGGUGUUUUGUAGCGUUUGGUUGUCUUUUGUUCCCACCUAUUUGAGCACCAAAGGAAAGUAUAUGGUAGCCGUGGAGAUCUUCUCCAUCUUAGCUUCUAGUGCUGGGUUAUUGGGCUGUAUCUUCUUCCCCAAAUGCUACAUUAUUUUGCUGAGGCCUGACCUCAACAAUAGAGAACAACUUGUAAAGAAAAAGCAUUUGUGA